CUGGAGCAGGCGGAGGACGGAGGCUCUCCACGGAGCCAGCAACCGCGGAUGGAGUGUGACAGGGUUCGGGGCAUGGGCCCUGUUCCAACAUGCAAGAGGUCGCAUUGCCCCUGCUGGUGCUCCUGGCAGGUCUGCCCACCUUGAGUGCCAAUGAUCCUGAAGACAAAAACAGUCCUUUCUACUACGACUGGCACAGCCUCCGGGUCGGCGGGCUCAUCUGCGCAGGGGUCCUGUGCGCCGUGGGCAUUAUCGUCCUCCUGAGUGGGAAAUGCAAAUGCAGGUUCAACCAGAAGCACAGCCACCGUCCAGGGGAAGCCCCGCCACUCAUCACUCCAGGCUCUGCUCAUAACUGCUGAGAACUGGACAAAGGGCAGAGUGCACAGCUCCUCCCUCUCCCCCAGCCCCGAGCCCGCCAGGAGCCCGGGCCCCGCACAGCCUCUGCUGGAGCCUCCGACCGCCCUGCUGGGCCCUCACACACCUGUGGUCUCUGGGAGUCUCUUUGUUUGACUUUGACCCUAAAAUGGCCUGGCCUCCUUCCUGAAGAGUCUCCAGACUUCCUCUGUGUGUGCCGGGCAGGCACUGGGGGGGAGGGGGCUCUGCUCUGGGGCUGCCACAGAAGCUGGCGGCUGGAUCUCCGUUGGGGCUCCCCGCCCCCCACCCCCCAAGCCUCUUCUCUCGUUGCAUGGUAUGUAUCGUGAGAUCUUCCCUCUGCCUCCAUGGC